UUGUUCAAUUGAUGUUUUGAGAUGUGAUUGCUUCAACAAAACCAAUCUCCAGCAUUCACGACCAGUCCCUGAUUAAGUUCAGUGAGACCUUCCAUGAGUGGGGUAUCGCUUUCGACUUGAUCUGCUCGACUGGUUUGCUGCGAGCUUUGAAUGACUCAGUCCUAUUUCCGGAUCUUUUGUGCUGUUUUCCAUUGGAAUCAUCUACAAAAUCGCGAUCUCACAUGAACCCAUGUAACUGACAGCAUCAGGAUCAAUAGUACAGACUCGCAUAAUGGCCUCAUAUCCUAAGAAGAAGUGCGGUGUCCUCGGAGCCACUGGCUCGGUUGGCCAACGAUUCAUCCUCCUGCUUGCCGACCACCCUUUCCUGGAACUGCACGCCGUCGGUGCCUCGGAGCGCUCCGCUGGAAAGGCCUACAAGGAUGCUGUGAGAUGGAAGCAGACUACGGCCAUGUCCGAGAAGCUCAGCAACCUUGUCCUUCGUGAUUGCAAGGCCGAGCAGUUCGCCGACUGCGACUUGGUCUUCUCUGGACUCAAUAGUGAUGUGGCGGGCGAUCUCGAAAUGGAAUUUAUCAAGGCCGAUAUCCCCGUUUUCUCCAAUGCUAAGAACUACCGCAAGCAUCCCCUGGUCCCGCUCAUUGUCCCUACUGUCAACCCUCACCACUUCGACCUCAUCCCUCACCAGAGAAAACACUUUGGCCUAAAGAAGGGCUUCCUGGUCUGCAAUUCUAACUGCGCCGUCAUCGGCAUCGUCAUCCCAUUCGCCGCGCUCCAGGCCAAGUUCGGUCCUGUUGUCGAAGUGGAAGUCUUUACUGAGCAAGCUCUGUCCGGAGCCGGUUACCCUGGUGUUCCCAGCAUGGACAUUCUGGACAAUGUCAUUCCGUUCAUCAGCGGCGAGGAGGACAAGCUCGAGAAUGAGGCGCAGAAGAUUCUGGGUUCUCUGAAUGCUGAUGCUACCGGUUUCGAAGAGCAAGCCGGCCUCAGAGUCGGCGCGACUUGCACUCGUGUUGGAGUCACUGAUGGCCACAUGGCAUUCGUUUCUCUGCGCUUCAAGAACCGCCCGGCGCCCAGCGCAGAGCAGGUGGUUCAGGCGAUGAGAGAAUAUCAGUCCGAGGCGCAGAAGUUGGGUGCCCCCUCGGCUCCUGCAGAGGCUAUCAAGGUUUUCGACGAACCCGAUCGGCCCCAACCCAGACUCGACCGCGAUAUCCACAAGGGAUACACCGUUAGUGUCGGACGAGUCCGUGAGGGUCAAGAAGGUGGCUAUUUCGAUAUCCGAUUUGCUGCCUUGUCGCACAACACCGUUCUGGGCGCUGCGGGAUCGUCUAUCCUCAAUGCUGAGGUUGCCGUGAUUAAGGGUUACAUCUAGACAUCCUAGAUAAUAAAAAUGUAUAUAGAGACUUGAGUCAGCUUCUUUCUCUGAUAAGCAGCUUGAGAACUUAGCGGUCGGUGUCAAUAAAGUGACGACCGAAGUAAGUAGAUGUCUUGACACGUGAAAGCUGAGUGACCCACUUGCAGUAUUACAUAAUGAGCAGGGCCGGUCCAAGCUAGUCUUCUAUCAGCUUAGCGUAGAAUGAACCCAAUUUC